AUGCCUCAACACCAUGAAUCGUGGGCAUGUUGGAAGGAUGCUAUAACGACAGUUUCGACUGUUAUAGCUAUAGCUUCGUUAUAUUAUGCGUACAAGAAAUCCAACACUUUGACGGAUCUGUCACCCCCAAAAAAUGGGGUCGAAGAACUGAUUGGAAAUACUCCUAUGGUCUUGAUCCCGUCGCUGUCGAAGUUCACUCGUUGUAAGAUAUAUGCAAAGUUAGAGCUUGCCAACCCUGCAGGAAGCGCUAAAGACAGAGUGGCCCUGAACAUUGUGACAACAGCAGAGUCGCAAGGGUUACUUACUAGAGGUCACCGUGAUGUAAUAUUUGAAGGUACAAGCGGAUCCACUGGGAUUUCCAUUGCGACAAUAUGCAAUGCGUUGGGUUAUCAGUCACAUAUCUCAUUACCAGAUGAUACAUCCCAAGAAAAACUGUCGAUGUUAGAAUGCCUUGGAGCUCACAUACGUAAAGUAAAGCCUGCAAGUAUUGUAGAUCCGAAUCAGUAUGUUAAUGCAUCCAAGAAAGCAUGUCAACUGUUAAACGAGGAAGGCCAUGGUAACAAAGGCAUCUUUGCUGAUCAAUUUGAAAACGAGGCUAAUUGGGCAAUUCAUUAUUCUACCACUGGCCCUGAAAUAUACAAACAGUUGAAAGGUUCAGUAGAUGUAUUUGUCGCUGGUUGUGGUACUGGAGGUACAAUAGCCGGGGUUUCUCGUUAUUUGAAAGAGAAACUGGGUAAUAGAGUCAAGACAGUAUUAGCAGACCCACAGGGAUCUGGAUUCUAUAAUAGAAUAAAAUUUGGGGUUAUGUACGAUCAAGUCGAAAAGGAAGGAAGUAGGAGAAGGCAUCAAGUGGACACCAUUGUUGAAGGGAUUGGGUUGAAUAGGAUAACGAAGAACUUCCAACGUGGGGAACGGUACAUAGAUGAUGCCGUUAGGGUCACUGAUGAACAGGCAAUUAAAAUGGCGAAGUAUCUAUCCGUUAAUGACGGCUUAUUUAUUGGUAGUAGCACUGCUAUUAAUGCAGUGGCUGCUGCUAAGAUUGCUCAAGAGAUGAAACCAGGGAGUGUUAUUGUACUUAUAGCGUGUGACAGCGGUGCUAGACAUGUUAGUAAAUUCUGGAAAGAAGCAAGUGCCGUUUCAAAUGAAAUACAACUAUGCGAUAUUCUAGACUUUUCUGUUGCUUAA